AAUGGUCUAAUGAAGCUUACUAUUGGAUACUGCACAAUAUGGAAGAAACAAAAGAUACAAGAAAUACAGGAACCACUGGAAGAGGAGGUACAGGUGAUAAAGGAACAACCUCAUGAUAUAAAAGAAGAGAGAGUAGCAAGACUGGAAGAGAAAGAAACAGAAGGAGCAACACCUCAAUCAGUAAUUAAUCAAGAUAUACUAUCAACUGAUACAAGUGUGACAAUAAUUAAUAAACAAUUAAUAAAAGAAAUAAAAUUUAACAAACACUUAGAAGAAACACUAGCAAGUAAGUAUAAUAAAACUUUAUUAAUUACUUGUGUAAUUGAAAUAAUGUAG